GUUCAAGAUGCUGGGCAGGAGAUGGUGGCAUCUUCUGGCACACCAGGAUCAGGCAAAUCAAAGCUGGACACAUUGCCCAAAGAAGAUCUCAUCAAAUUUGCAAAAAAACAAGUGAUGCUUAUACAGAAAGUAAAGUCAAGAUGUUCAGAACUGGAGAAAGAGAUUGAAGAACUCAGAUCUAAAGCAGCUGCUGAAGGAAACGAUGAUAUUAUUCAGGCUCUCACAGAACGACUGGAUGUUGUACUUCUGGAAAAAGCUGAAACUCAGCAGCAGUGCAUAGCUCUGAAAAAAGAAAAUACUCAGCUAAAGCAAGAAGGAGAGGCUGCAGCAGCUAAGACAGAAGAAUUGCAGAAGCAACUGGAACAAUCAAAUAUUGACUCUCUGAAAGAAAUAAAUGCUCUGAAGAGUGAAUUAGCAAAUGCACAAUGCAAGCACAAUGAGGAUUUUAAAAAGCUGAAAAUGGAAUUAGAUGAACAAGUGAAGAAACAAAUGGAGCUGAUGGAACAGGUUGAAUGUCACAGCCACAGUCAAAAAGAAGUUAAAAGAUUACAAGAUGAUAUCCAAGGAAUUAAAUCUACUUAUGAGGAGCAAAUUAUGUGUCUGAGCAAGCAAUUAGAAACUGUGAGUGAAGACAAAAACAAAGAAGUGACAAAUCUGCAGGAAACUAUUAAAAGCAACUCUCAGUGUUACCAUAAUGAAAUUCAAAAUCUGAAUGAAGAGCUUAAAAAACUAAAGUUUGCACAUCAGGAAGAGGUGUCAGAAUUGAUGCAUCAGCUUGAAAUAUCAUCGAAAGAAAAUGAAGAAAAGCAAAACCAAAUUGCUCAGUUGCAGCACAGUUUGGCAGAGAAAAAUGCAAGGGAUGAAGUGUGUGCUCAUACCAACCAGUGUGAACAUGACUUGGAGCAGCUGAGAGAAGCCUUAAAUAAAACUGUAGAAAACAAGGUAGAUGUUGCAGAUACACAACAGGAACCUUGGCUAGAAGUCAAGAUGGAAGAAAAAGUUAGGCACCUGGAGCAGAGUUUAGAAGAACUCCAGUCCCAACAUAGUAUAUUAAAGGAUGAGUUAACUUACAUGAACAAUGUCAAGCUAAAACUGGAAGAGGAAAUCCAUUGUGUAAAGGAGGAAUACUUCCAUGAAAGGGAAGACUUGGACUUUAAGAUAAAUGAAUUGCAGCUUACUAAAGAAGAUUACUGUUGUGUCAUUGAAAAGCUAAAACUGGAGCUUCAGGCAGCAAGGCAACACUAUGAAACUGCUGUGGAAGAGCAUCAGUUAGAGAUUCAGACUCUGAAAGAGCAACACAAGAGAGAGAUUUCUGAACUGAAUGAAACUUUCUUAUCUAGCUCUGAAAAGGAAAAUGUGGCAUUAGCUUUUGAAAUGCAGGAACUUAGGGAACAGCUUGAAAAGGUAACUCAGGAGAAAGAAGAAGCAGUGUGUAAUUACGACAGCCUGAGAGAAACAAUGGAAACUCUCCAGGCUGAGCUAGGGGAAUCCGCUGGAAAGAUCAGCCAGGAGCUUGAAUCCAUGAAACAACAGCAAGCUUCUGAUGUCAGUCAGCUGCAGCAGAAACUCAGGGCUGCUUUCAAUGAGAGGGAUGUGCUGCUGGAAACUGUAAACCGCCUCCAGGAGGAGCGAGAUAAAUUGUCAGCUGAUCAGCUAGAGGUAGAACAACUUAAAUGUAAAAUUGUUAGUCUUCAGGAGGAGAAUAAUGCAAUGACAAGCUCCAUCGACCAAAAAGACAUCAUUGUAAAAGAGCUGGAAGAGAAGGUCACUGCUCUUACUGAUCAAAACAAGGAUAUUUUAAAUGAUAUAAAAUGCUUGGGUGAAGAGAGAGAAACCCUUCAGGAAAGGUGCAAGCAAGAACAAGUUAAAACUCAGGAACUUCAGCAAGAAGUAGAUGUUGCUAACCAGUCCAAUAAUGAUCUGAAGGAAAAGGUGGAGGAAUUAACAGAGAGGCUGAACGAAGCUUUAACUGCAAAGAGUGAAAAUGCUCAAAUGCUGGAAGAGCUGGAAAAGCAGAUUGAAUCUCUGGUGCGUGACAGAGAGAAGCUUUCAGCUGAAGCAUGUGCUCUUCGUGAGGAAAACAAGAAAGUCAUCCAGGAAAAAAGUGAAUUAAGUGAAGAUCUGAAAAAGAUCACAUCUGAAAAAGAUGGUUGGCUAGUGUUGAAAGAGCAGUCUGAGAACUUAGAAAAGAAGUUACAAAUGGUGACUGCAGAAAAAGAGCAUCUGUCAACAUCUCUUGAAAAGGAACAAGCUCACACGUCCCUUGUAAGAGCUCAGCUGUGCCAUUUCCUGGAGCAAGCAGGGUCCAGCAUUUCAGAUUCUAAUGAAGAAUGUGACUCUCUUGACUUGUUAAAAGUUGCAAGUGACUGCUGGUCAAAAAUGAAAGAAGAGCAGUGCCUUGCUCUGCAAAGUCAGGAGGAAGUAAUUCGUUUGCAGCAGGAGGUUGAGAGACUAGAGCAAGAAAACGAAGCUCAAUAUAGAGAACAUAGAUCCCUGGUUCAGGAUUUUGAACGGGAAAAGGAUCUCUUGAGGGAAGAGCUGGAGGGAGUGUUGUCUGAAAAAGAAGCACUUCAACAGGAUAUCCAGGAGCUGAAGAAUGCCAGUGAAAAAAUGAGGAUGGAAACCCAAGAUCUUUUACCUAAUAUUGGAGAGAUCACUCAAAAACUUGCUUUCUAUGAAAGUCAAAUCCAAGAGCAGCAAAAAGGAUCAGAGAAACAAGACGACUUAAAUUUCAUUCUGGAACAAAAGGAAACUGAACUUAGAAAUAUGAAAGACGAACUGAGUUCUCUAAAGAAUUUAAUGGAGACAGUGACUGAGAAAACUGAUCAACAGUCUUCAGUGGCAGAGCUUCAAGAAAAAAUUGAGAGGCUGGAAAAAGAAUCUGCAGAAAAAGGAGAGAAGCUAAAUAAGAUCAAGGUGGUUGCUGUGAAAGCAAAGAAAGAAUUGGAUGCGAGCAGAAAAGAGACCCAGGCCCUGAAGGAAGAAUUGGAGUCGGUUCGAUCAGAAAAGGAUCAGUUGUCUGCUUCAAUGAAAGAUGUCAUUCAAGGAGCUGAAAGCUAUAAGAAUCUUCUGAUGGAAUAUGAUAAGCAAGGAGAACAGCUGGAUUCUGAAAGAGGCAGGGCAAACAGCCUCGAACGUCAGAUAGAUGACCUCACGAGACAACUACAGGUGUCAUCCCAGCAG